UAUGCCUCACGGUGAAGGGAAGUAGUAUCUGCAGCGCAGACGAAUGCGCAAAAGCUAGGCAGACGACAAGGAAUGUAUGCAUUGUCGAGGGGACCAAGUAAAAUUGCUGCAAGUACUCGCAGAGGACCCCCGAAGCCGAUAGAAAGCCUCGAAAAUAGGGAAAACACGGGGUUGAGAGCUCCUGGCGAGCCCGCUAUGAGCUCUCCAAAGCCAACAUUCAAAAAUGGUAGACGGGCAAAUAGUAACCGAUCAAACAAUUCAUCACAGGAGCCUUUGUCACCACAGCAUGAAGAUAUAGUGCAGUACCUUCAUGAAAAUUGGUCUAAAGUUAAUCACGAAUUUGAAAUGAGCAAGAGAAAUGACAAAGAAACUGGCCCUUCAUGGUACAGAGAAAAAAACACAAAUCCAAAUUUAGCAGAUUUCAAGCCUAUUGAUUGGCAGAGUUACCUAGCAAACCGAUGUUAUCAGAAAAUUACAGAGUCUAGCUGAGAUCAUUUGUGCAACUGUUUAAAAUUUUUUCCUAAAGUCACUUGGUUGUAGAUAUUUUAGCUUCUCAUCUACUCAUGUUUAGAGAAUCUGUAAAACAGAUUUUUACACUGUAAUUUAUUUUUCUUUAAUAUUAUAUACAUUUUUGACAAUUUUAUCGAAACGGUUGUUUGUAUAAUAUUUUUAAAUGUUUGCUGGUUUAUUGAGAUAUGAAACAGUUCCUUUGUGAUUCAUAUUCAAAUAAAUAACAAAUUGAGCAACAUCCAGAAAUGAUUUGUUUGGUCAUCAGUGUGGAAAGCAUUUCAGUAAAAACUGAGGAAAUAAUGCUGUGCUUGAAUUUGUGAUGCUUGUUACAACUGAAAUUACACACUUGGAAUUACAAGAAAUAUAAAUAAGACUUAUUAACAAGAUACUAAAUAAGCUAUUAUUUUGGAUCAAGUUUGUCCCGAAUGAGAUAAUAUUCAUUGGGCAGAAAGUCUGUCUAAAAUUUCACUUGGGACAUUUAGGACUUAAUAUGAAAUGGUAGCGAGUUCAGUGUUCUCUUUCCUUUCCAAGAAUGGCAAGUCUGACUGGCCUGGAUAUAAUUUUAAAAAGAAAGGAGAUUGUCGGUGUCGGUGUUCAAAUCCAAAUGUUUAAUACUUCAUAGUAUGUGAUGUCAUGAAAGGGUGCAUCAGUGGAAUAUUCUUGUAUCAUGUUUCAUCUAAAAAUCAAUGUAUUUCAAAUUAUAUGGGAAAGAAAUAAAGUUUCAGUUUGGUGCAUGAAGAAUGUUGAAACUUGAUGACAAGUGCACUUAAGCUUCAAAUUUAAAAUUAUAAUUAUGUAUAAGAAUAAAAUAACUGUUUAACCAGUGA